AUGUCGUAUGUCUUUUUCUGCCCGGAUCAUGCAUGGCGCUUGAUCAUCUCUUAUCCUUACCACGCAAAGAGCACCCACAACAAGGACCACACUGAAUUCCGCCAUCUGGGCAUCAACAUCCGGGAUUACCUGGAGAGGAGGAUGGAUGGGGACAUUUUGCAGAGCUGUGUGUCGUUCACGCAGGAAGACAAGAAGAACUGCACAGUAGUGCUCAAAAGGAUGCCCAAAACUGAUCGGCCCAAGGCCUGCUGGCAGGAUAUCCCGUCUCGAGAAUCAGUUGGCGAUUACAUUCAUGGCAUCAAGGCAUUCACGUGGAAGUCCGAGGACGAGGCCAAAUACAACACCAAAUGGGAGGAAGAGAUUUGCAGUAUUAGCGAUGUUCGUCUAUCACUCCCUACACUCCCCCGUGGGUCUACUGGUCCUGCCACUGCCGUACACCGAACGAGUCUCCCAUGA